AUGCCAACUGUGGUCGUAGCACAUUUUAAAACAAACAUAUACGAAUAUCUUGAAGCAUUACAGAAGUCUACUCUCGACAAGUUAUACGAAGAGCCAGCAACAUGCUUGGCCAUAUUCAGACUCCUUCCAUCAUUAGCGAGACAAUUGGUAAUGUCUUUGCUAUUUUCUACUCAGGUUAUGAGUAAAGCCGAUUUAAGGCAAUGGAUUAAAAAUGACAAAGAAUCAUUGUUGAAAUUUGAGGAAGCUUUGGACAAAUUACAGAAGUUACACAUUAUGAUUGAACAAGAAAAUAAAACAAUAGCUUUAAAUUCUUCAUUUAAGCAAAAAUUCCAAGAAUGCUUAACUGGAGGUGGAUCACACCAAAGUUUUGGAAAGCUGUAUAAUAAACCACAUAGGCAUAGCCAAAGUAAUUCAUCACAUAAACUACCAGACAUUAAAUUAUUAGAUGAUCAUGCAAAGACAAAAUGGGAAGAAAUUCUACAUUUUAUGGUCGGGACUGAUCGAAUGAGUUUACCAGGAGCCUCUGUAUUAAAAGUUGUCACUAAAGCUAACUUAAUGAGAGAAAAGGAGGGGAAGGGUUUAGAAAUAACAAAUAAAGGAUUUCAAUUUUUAUUACAAGAUGUUAAUACUCAAGUAUGGGCUUUUUUAAUUCAAUAUUUAGAUUUGGCUAGUGAGGAUUAUUCAGUUGAAGGGUUAACAGAUACGCAACGACAACUACUUGAUGACUUAACUAAUUAUGGACUUAUCUAUAGACCCAAAGUAAAGAUCUAUAUUUUUGAUAAUUCGUUCAAAUAUAAUGUUGUUAAAAGCUCAAAGAGAUAUUAUCCGACACGUCUUGCUACUACAUUAACGUCAGGAAACUCAGCAAUUGUAUCAAAUACAACGUCUAAUAAUCCUGCAGAUGAUGAUGAUAGCGCCACAGAACAAGGAUUUAUUAUUGUUGAAACAAAUUAUAAAUUAUAUGCCUAUACAAGUUCACAAUUACAAAUUUCGGUGUUAAACUUAUUUUGCAAUCUUCAGUUUCAGUUUUCUAAUAUGGUGACCGCAGAAAUAACUCGAGAGAGUGUGAGAAAAGCAUUAAAACAUGGUAUUACUGCAAGUCAAAUUAUAUCGUAUUUAACAUCACAUGCUCAUCCACAAAUGAAAAAACGCCCAGCUUUGCUACCGUCAACUGUAGUUGACCAAAUUCAGUUAUGGGAAAUGGAACUCAAUCGAUUGAUCAUAACUGAUUGCUACUUGUAUAAGGAUUUUCGUACAUUCGCUGAUUAUGAAGUUGUUCUAAAACAUGCAAACACUUUAGGAGUAGUAGUUUGGUCAAACGAUUCGAAAAGAAUGAUUGGAAUUGCCGAAGCGGGUCAUGAGCGUGUGAAGGCUUUUAUUAAGAGAAAGAUUGUACAAAGAAGAACUAAUGGCGGUGAUACAACUAGUAGUGCUGGUGGUACUCCUGCAAGAUGA